AUGGAAGGGGAAGGGAAGGAGAAACUUUUUGAAAGGUUUUAUGCAGAUAUUAAUAGUGUGCAUCUACAUUUUGAUUGUCUUGAUUCUACACAACAAUAUUGUAAAAGAAAUAUGAAAGAAUUUAUAGAAAAAAAUAAAUUGAGAGAUGAUAAUAUGAUAAUUGUUAGUUGUAAUAAACAAUAUAAUGGUAUAGGAACACGUGAUACUAAGAAGAAUGAAGACAGAAUAUGGUUAUCUGAAGAAGGUAACGUAUUUGUAACAUUUUUAUUUUUAUGGAAUGACAAAUUAAUAGAUAAAGUGAAAUUAUUAGCACAGACAUGUACUGUAGCUAUAAGUAAAACAUUAGAAAGUUUUUAUUUAAUAACACAAAUAAAAUGGAUAAAUGAUGUAUAUGUUAAUUAUAAAAAAAUAUCAGGAUGUUUAAUUCAUAUGUAUCAUCAUAUGGAUACUCAAAAAUAUCACAACAACAAAAAUGAAAAAAUUAACAACAACAACAACAAUAAUAAUAAUAAUAAUAAUAAAAUAUGUUUAUUAGUAGGUAUAGGAAUUAAUGUUAAUUUACAAGAUCAAAAUAAUAUCUUAAAUAAUAAAUAUACAUCUAUAAAAAAAGAAUAUUUACAAGAUUUUGAUACACCAGAUUUAAUACCAACAGCUGAACAAAUAACAUUAAAACUCAUAUUUAAUAUUCAUCAUGCUAUAAAUACAUUACGAACAGAUGGAUUCACACAAUUCUUAAAUUAUAUAACAAGUAGAUUGUUAUAUAAAGACAAAAAAGUUAUUAUUGAUCAAGAUAAUCAAUAUAUUGUUGGCUAUUUGAAAGGAUUGCUACAUGAUGGAUCUCUCCUUCUGUUGACAGAAGAUAAUAAAAUGAUAAACGUGUAUACAGGACGUUUACAUAAAAAGGAGGAUGAAUAG